UGAAAAGAUUGCCACACUUACAUACAGCGAGGAUAGUGAAUCAAAACUAUUAUCCUGCUAAGUGCUGUUUAUUGAUUUUUUGAGAAAAAUAUUGUAAAAUUAUUCGAAGUGUUUCCUAAUUAUAUUAUUUUUGUAAAUAACUGAAAAUCACGACCGUUAUGCGAGUUCCCGACAUCACGUUAACAGCUGGAAAUGCUGCACAAUUUACGCACAACACCAACAACCCAACUACACUACAACAACAGCAACAACAACAAGUGACAACAACCAAAUCGCCGGAGGAGUCCCUACGCUCUUUACAACCGGAACGUAAAGAGAUAAAUAAGAAUGCCAACUGGCCAGCGAAUGGAGUGAAUACCACGUCUACCGGUUUCUUCGAUUACUUACCUAGUGCUCAGUUUAGUGACAACUCAGUGUAUACCUCUUCGGCCGAUGAGUUUGUGCAACGUGCAUUGAGCUCUUCCCUGGCAGUGCCAUAUGAAUACACAAAUCCUGCAUUGGUCGGCAGCAGAUAUGAGGAAUACUACCAACGAACGAAUCCACAAACACAAAAUUAUCUAGAAAAUUACGGUGGUAAUAGCAAUAGUGCCUAUAAGGGAUUCCGGGAGGUGUAUGUGAAUCGUGCCGCAAUCGCUUUGGAUGAUUACGAAAAAAUCAAUCGUGCAAUAAAAUUCGGCAACUCUAACUCCGUUACGAACGCUGUGGUGCGAGAGAGCGAUAAUUAUAGCACUCGUGCAGUCAGAGAUGUGAGUCAAAGCGAUUGCCACAUCGAUUAUAACAACGAGAUGAAAAAGGAUAUAGGCAUUACCGUUAAUGAACCAAAUUCAAAUCAUCAGCAACAAGUUAGGCCAAUAGCUUCGACAGUAGAGUGCUCCGCCGGAAAUGUGAACGAUUCGGAAAAUUAUUAUAACGAUCAGUCUAUGCUGGAUUUGUGUAACGAACGCGAUCAAAAAUCAAAUGUCGAACAGCACAACGAUGAAUUAGAUGAAUAUCUGACAUCGCCAACUUCAUCGAGCGUCUCUUUGAGCACACCACAACGCUCCUACUUUCCGCGUGGUAUAAUCAAUCCAAACUAUCCUGGUUUUCAACAUUUAGCGCACACACUCUCCGAACAUUUCAUCGGUUGUACACCAUCCGAUUCGUAUGACAGUGACAUGUCCGAGUGUGAAAUGGAGUUGAGCACCGACAGUUGUGAAGAGUUGCCCAGCGAGGAGCAACAGACAGAGUUGAAUACGAAACUGAAUAUCUACAAUAACAAUAGUAACAGCAACAGCAACAGCAACAGCAGCCACAAGAGAGCACAAGUCGAGAGUCAGCAAUCUACAGACAUUGCACAGCAGCAAUGGCAGCGGCAACAACAUCAACAACAACCCAACCUAACAGCUUACACCGAUGCUAACAGCAAUAGCGCCACCACACAGCAUGUGAGCAGCGAUGAGCUCCAGCAGCAACAACAGCAUCAACAGGAGCAACACAGCAAAUUGGGCGCAUUGAUCGCAAACGAAUUGCACGAUAACUUACGACAAUUGCUCACUUUGAAUGUGCCCGAUAAUUACUCCGAUGCCUAUAUUAUAAACUCUGCGGACAAUUUUGCCUUUCGUUGUGAUCAGAAGUGUCGAUUAGUCGCACAAAUCUCCGAUGAGAGACAGCAGGUGUACGGCACCACACCUGACAUUUUAUUGAAGAAUUCUAAUUUACGCGUAGAAGAACUUUCGAAGAAGGAGAAUCGUCCGGAUCUAUUGCGCGGUGUAAGCCCACAACCUCUGCGUAAACGCACCGAAACGGCUUUUGAAGAUUUCAACCAAAUUGCACGUCUCGACAAUUCGGUGGAAAAACGAGAAUUGGAAAGAAAAGAGGUGCAAACGCACGUACCCAGUGAGCGCCGUAGCAAUGCUACAACGCCAGUGCGUUCCCAUGAAAACGGUAGAGAGGACGGUGUGGGCUUUGGUAUAACGCCAGUGGACAUAAUUGGCGAUUUCGAGCAGGAGGUGGAAAGAGAAUUUGGUCUUCUGGUUAGCGGCUACAGGCGUUUGGUCGAAACCAAUGAUGAAGCAAAUGAAGACGACAAUGAGGUCGGACAACCACAACCAAUAGAGAAGGUAUCGGAUGCGAUGCUUUCGAGCGCAAAAGAUCUUAUUGACUCCGAUAAAUAUGUUACGGCACUAAAACAAAAUAAUGAAGAUGUAACCACCGAAGUUGAAGCGAAAGCAGAAACGGCUUGCAAGAGUGGAGGACAAGAUCCAGCAAUGGACUUCAUGGAGGACAAUAAUGCGGUCGACUGGUCGUAUGGACGUUGCGGUGAUUCGGAAGAAAUAAAUGCAUGUCACGCCAAAGAGCGGGAUUGCAGUAGCCAAAGAGAGCGAGAUGAUGUUACAGAUGUAAGCACCGUUAGCAAUACAAGUAGCGCACAAAUGCGACCCAAAUACCAAAAGGCUUCUUAUGAUGAGCGUCAGCUACCGCCCGUAGCCAUUGAGUACAAGCGUUGUCAACAAAACGCACGUAACAUGCGAAAAUCCGCUGGACAAAAUCAUGAGAAAUCAGAGAAGCCCACUAAAGCGUCAGGUGGCAGUAAGAUUGGACGUAAUCAUUCGAAAACAGGCUUCACUAGUCGUUUUUUCAGUUCGAAGCGCACCAAUAUGGGUGGUAGCUCGAGAAAUAGCGAAGAAAAUGCGAAUCGCCGUCGUGAGGAAGCCGAAAUGCAUCAAUAUCAACAGUUGAUUAGCAACAAGGAGUUAAUUUUGAGCAACAGCCGUUAUACGAAAAUGUCCGCGUGGGCGGAAUAUUUGAAGAACUCGGUGAAAAAUCAUGGCGGCAAGUGCGCAAGCACCGAUUUGGCUUCACCAAGUGCUUUGGAUUUGUUUGAUGCUUAUAAAAUUGGUGGGGACUUCGAUAUGGAAACCUUGCAGCAGCAUCUUAAACUGGCUAAAGAGAUUGAGAAAAAGGUGAGUGGUACAAUCAUGGAUUUCGAUGGCGAUAAUGAUUUUAGCUCACUACCAGUGCCACAAAAGCGGCGCCACUAUAAAAAGGAUUCGCGUUUUGUGUUCGAUUUGUAUACGCUGUGUUAUGACGAAAACGAAAGUGUCGACACCGUUGAAUUGUUCACAUCCAUUGUAAAUAACACAGCGGCGGAUAAUUGGUCUGAGAAG